AACGCCCCGAGUCCACGGUACAUGUUCCCAAACAAUAUUCAGUACACAACAUCACACAGCACAUGUCACAAUCUAUCAUCACUGUAGUACUAGUUCAAGUCCAAAACCACAAAAUGACCGACAUAACAGAACAUAACCGCCAACACUUCGACAAGGUCGCAACAACCCACCAAACCGACUUUGGCGAGCUCAUCGACGCUGCGAUCCGCGAGUUCAAGGCCCGUCGGGGCUGGAUCACCCCUGCGCUCAACGACCCUCCUGCCUCAGAGGCCAAGGAACUUCAACUGCUGGAUUAUGCGUGUGGGGCUGGGACGGUCUCAAAGGCCCUAGCCCCCUACGUAACCCAGACAAUUGGCCUCGACCUCUCAUCGGGGAUGGUAGCCGAGUACAACAAGGCCGCCUUGGAGAUGGGAUUUGGUAUCGAGAGGAUGCACGCGUACCAGUAUAAUCUCCUCGGUACCGAUACAGAAUCAGACUCGGCGACUACUUCCCUUCUCCCGGAAAACACCCUCGCUCCAUUCGACGUCAUCGUCAUUGGGAUGGCGCUACACCACGUCUCGGAACCGAGUGUUCUCCUCGCGCGCUUCAAGGAGCUGCUUAAGCCUGGUGGUGUCUGUGUCGUUAUGGAUAUGGUUCCGACGGAUGAUGCGCCGGAUAUCGAAGGUGUGUUGGAGCCGAGCCAGUUGGAGGUUGCCAAGACGAUUGGGAAGCGGGGGUUUACGGAGCAGGAAAUGAGGGAGUUGUAUGAGGGCGCUCGGAUGGGCAAGGGAUUUGAGUAUGUGGUUAUAGAGGAGAAGUUUCGGUUUACCAUGUUUGGACAUCAAUUCGGGGUGACGGGGUUUAUGGCGAGGGGUGAGGUGGAGUGA